UUAUUUUUUAAAUCAAAAACAACCCCGUUUACAUUUUAGAAGAAUAAAAUAUAAGCUACAAUGCCGUACGCCAACCAGCCAUCAGUGCAUAUCACGGAACUAACAGACGAUAAUGUUAAAUUCGUUGUCGAGGAUACCGAGCUGAGUGUCGCCAAUAGUAUGCGGCGUGUAUUUAUUGCAGAAACGCCGACGAUGGCCAUCGACUGGGUCCAAUUAGAAGCUAACUCCACUGUACUUAGUGAUGAGUUUCUCGCACAUCGCGUGGGACUCAUACCUCUAAUAUCUGAUGACGUCGUCGACAAAAUUCGGUACUCCAGAGAUUGUAUGUGUGCCGAUUUCUGCUCAGAGUGUAGUGUUGAAUUUACGUUAGACGUAAAGUGCACGGAUGACCAAACGCGACAUGUGACCACAGCAGACUUGAAGUCCAGCGACCCGCGGGUGGUGCCCGUGACUUCACGUCACCGUGACGAGGACCAGGCAGACUAUGGUGAGGCUGAUGAAAUAUUGAUUAUAAAGUUACGAAAAGGACAGGAAUUAAAGUUACGAGCAUAUGCCAAGAAAGGAUUUGGGAAGGAGCAUGCAAAGUGGAACCCAACAGCAGGCGUCUGUUUCGAAUAUGACCCUGACAAUAUCAUGAGACACACCCUGUUCCCCAAGCCGGACGAGUGGCCGAAAAGUGAGCACACCGAGUUGGACGAGGACCAGUAUGAAGCAGAGUUCAACUGGGAAGCUAAACCCAACAAAUUUUUCUACAAUGUUGAGUCAUCGGGAGCACUGAAGCCGGAAAAUAUUGUCCUAAUGGGGAUUGUGGUGUUAAAGAACAAACUAUUAAAUCUUCAAAUGCAGUUGGCACAAGAAGCACAGAAUGAUGCCUUAGCUAUUAAUUAAUUAAUUGAAUUUAUCAAUUUCUA